GGAGAGACUGCUUCCGGGUCGAAGGGCUUGCUUCCGGAGAGCGGGAAGGCUAAAACGCGGUAGCUGAACUGGAGCCAACGUUUAUUCUGUGUGGAAAAGGCUUUAGCCAUGGACAGGAGUGGCUUUGGAGAUAUAUCAUCCCCUGUAAUCCGGGAGGCAGAGGUGACACGGACUGCACGGAAACAGAGUGCUCAAAAAAGAGUUUUAAUUCAGGCAUCUCAAGAUGAAAAUUUUGGUAAUACUACACCAAGAAACCAGGUUAUCCCUCGAACUCCCAGCUCAUUUCGACAGCCUUGUUCUUUCUACCAACCUUUUGUUUAUAGUUACCCCAACGAGCCGAAGCUUACUAAGGCAGCCAGAUAUUUCCUGCAUUCUUGGAACAGGAGGGAGGUCACCCCGACUUACACAGUCUUCAGGGUUCUUCGGAAAUCUCUCCAUGGUUACCAAUCUGGAUGACAGUAACUGGGCAGCUGCAUUUUCAUCACAGCGUUCCGGGCUCUUCACAAACACAGAGCCUCACAGUGUAACAGAAGAUGUAACUAUCAGUGCUGUUAUGUUACGUGAGGAUGAUCCUGGAGAAGCUGCAUCCAUGAGUAUGUUUUCUGAUUUCCUGCAGUCUUUUCUGAAACACUCUUCGAGUACAGUUUUUGAUCUUGUGGAAGAGUAUGAAAACAUCUGUGGUAGUCAGGUGAAUAUACUGAGUAAAAUAGUGAGUCGAGCAACACCUGGACUUCAAAAAUUUUCAAAAACAGCCAGUAUGCUCUGGCUUCUUCAACAGGAGAUGGUCACAUGGAGGCUGCUGGCUUCUUUGUAUAGAGACAGAAUACAGUCUGCAUUAGAAGAGGAAAGUGUACUUGCAGUUACUGCUCUUAAUGCCAGUGAAAAAACAGUUGUGGAAGCGUUAUUUCAGAGGGAUUCACUUGUUCGACAAAGUCAGCUGGUGGUAGAUUGGUUAGAGAGUAUUGCCAAAGAUGAAAUUGGAGAAUUUUCUGGUAAUAUUGAGUUUUAUGCAAAAUCAGUAUAUUGGGAAAAUACUCUGCAUACCUUAAAACAACGGCAGCUGACUUCUUACGUUGGAAGUGUUCGUCCACUUGUCACUGAAUUGGAUCCUGAUGCUCCCAUAAGACAGAAAAUGCCACUUGAUGAUCUGGAUAGAGAAGAUGAAGUUAGAUUACUCAAAUAUCUCUUCACGCUAAUCCGUGCUGGAAUGACAGAAGAGGCACAACGACUCUGUAAACGCUGUGGUCAAGCAUGGAGAGCUGCAACACUUGAAGGCUGGAAACUGUACCAUGACCCUAAUGUUAAUGGAGGAACAGAAUUAGAACCUGUUGAAGGGAAUCCAUAUAGACGCAUUUGGAAAAUAAGUUGCUGGAGAAUGGCAGAAGAUGAGCUUUUUAAUAGAUACGAGAGAGCAAUUUAUGCAGCUUUAAGUGGGAAUCUUAAGCAGCUGCUUCCUGUCUGUGACACCUGGGAAGACACAGUUUGGGCCUACUUCCGGGUGAUGGUGGACAGUCUGGUAGAACAGGAGAUUCAGACAUCAGUAGCAACUCUGGAUGAAACUGAAGAACUCCCUAGAGAAUAUGUGGAAGCAAACUGGACCUUAGAAAAGGUUUUUGAGGAACUUCAAGCUACAGAUAAAAAGAGAGUUCUGGAAGAGAAUCAAGAACAUUAUCAUAUAGUUCAAAAGUUUCUUAUCCUGGGAGACAUUGAUGAUUUGAUGGAUGAGUUUAGCAAAUGGCUUUCCAAAAGCAGAAACAAUCUACCUGGACACCUCCUUCGCUUUAUGACUCACCUCAUUUUGUUUUUCCGUACUCUGGGACUACAGACCAAGGAAGAAGUUUCUAUUGAAGUUUUAAAGACAUACAUACAGCUUUUAAUAAGAGAGAAACAUACAAAUCUCAUAGCAUUUUAUACCUGUCAUUUGCCUCAAGACCUAGCUGUUGCCCAGUAUGCAUUAUUUUUGGAAAGUGUUACAGAAUUUGAACAGCGCCACCAUUGCCUGGAGUUGGCUAAAGAAGCAGAUUUGGAUGUUGCAACAAUAACAAAAACUGUAGUUGAGAAUAUUCGAAAGAAAGAUAAUGGUGAAUUUAGUCAUCAUGACCUGGCCCCAGCCCUAGAUACUGGCACUACUGAGGAGGAUCGUUUAAAAAUUGAUGUAAUUGACUGGUUGGUAUUUGACCCAGCGCAGAGGGCAGAAGCACUGAAACAAGGCAAUGCAAUUAUGAGAAAAUUCUUGGCAUCAAAAAAGCAUGAAGCUGCAAAAGAAGUAUUUGUGAAAAUUCCUCAGGAUUCUAUAGCAGAAAUCUAUAAUCAGUGGGAGGAACAAGGAAUGGAAAGUCCACUUCCUGCUGAAGAUGAUAAUGCUAUCAGAGAACAUUUGUGCAUCAGAGCUUAUUUGGAAGCCCAUGAAACCUUUAAUGAGUGGUUUAAGCAUAUGAAUUCAGUUCCACAAAAACCUACUUUGAUACCUCAACCAACAUUUACUGAGAAAGUGGCUCAUGAACACAAAGAAAAGAAAUAUGAAAUGGAUUUUGGUAUUUGGAAAGGGCAUUUGGAUGCCCUAACUGCUGAUGUAAAGGAGAAAAUGUAUAACGUCUUGUUGUUUGUUGAUGGAGGGUGGAUGGUGGAUGUUAGAGAGGAUGCUGAAGAAGACCAUGAAAGAACACAUCAAAUGGUUUUACUGAGAAAGCUUUGUCUGCCAAUGUUGUGUUUUCUGCUUCAUACAAUAUUGCACAGUACUGGUCAGUAUCAGGAAUGCCUACAGUUAGCAGAUAUGGUAUCCUCUGAGCGCCACAAACUGUACCUGGUAUUUUCUAAGGAAGAGCUAAGGAAGUUGCUGCAGAAGCUAAGAGAGUCCUCUCUAAUGCUCCUAGACCAGGGACUUGACCCAUUAGGGUAUGAAAUUCAGUUAUAGUUUAAUCUUUGUAAUCUCACUAAUUUUCAUGAUAAAUGAAGUUUUUAAUAAAAUUAUUUGUUAUUAAUUUUUUCUUUUGCAUUGCCAUGUAAAAUUUAGACAUUUGAAUUUUGUACUUUUCAGAAUAUUAUCGUGACACUUUGAACAUGUAAUGUAUGUAUAUCAGCAUUUCUGUGUAUGCUUAUUAAUAAAACUAUAUAAAAACUAAAAUUUUUCUGUUUUUACAAA